AUGUUUGGCGGGAUCAGGUCGCUCAGCCAGGCUGAGGGAAUGAUGGGCGGUGUCAAGCCGAUCUCGGCAAAUGUUUGUGGUGGGGUCCAAUAUUUGCACAUAGUUGGCACUCCUCCUUCUUCUCUUCAUUUUGUCUUUGUCUUCUUCCUCUUUUCUUGUUGCUUCCUUCUUCUUCUUCCCCCUCCUCCUCCUCUUUCUUCUUCUCCUCCUCCUCUUCCUUCUUCUUCUUCUUCUUCUUCUUCUUCUUCUUCUUCUUCUUCUUAUUAUUAUUAUUAUUAUUAUUAUUAUUAUUCAGUCCUAUAUCCCCGGCGCUCUUACCACUCGUUCACAGCAGAAAAACGCACACCCGACUCCGCGACGAUCGUACAAUCUCACACAAUUCUGCCUUUCCCCCAUUCGUUAUCCCAUUUUGAUUAUCUCCCCUUUCGACCGUCGGGAAUUUCUAUUUCGUAUUUGAGAGAAUAUAAACUUCUUAAAUAUUCGCCUCAUGAACAGACAUUUCUUUAUGUUUAUUUAUUUUUUUCCUUUCAGCUUCUAGAAUUUCGGAAAUUCUAUCUCUGUUCAUAUCUAUCUAUCUAUCUAUCUAUCUAUCUAUCUAUCUCUGUUCAUAUCUAUCUAUCUAUCUAUCUAUCUAUCUAUAUAUAUAUAUUUAUAUAUAUAUCUAUCGAUCAUUCUCCAAUCCUAUCUAUCUAUCUAUCUAUCUAUCUAUCUAUCUAUCUAUCUAUCUAUCUAUCUAUCUAUGUUCAUGACAAUCGAUCUAUCUCUGUCUGCUCAUGA